UCCAUGUAUAUUCUCCGCCCAACUCUUGACUCUGACAGAUUAAUAACUGAAUUCAAAAUCCCAAAAUUUCCCUCGCUUUUCAAAUUCUCAACAGAAUUUGUAACUUCCUCCUUUCUCUAAAUUCAACCGCACUUAUCUCUCUCGCACCACCUUCCUUCUCCACAAAUCCAUUUCGAAAUUCUGCAAAAAAUAUCUCCCAAUUCCCGACUUCUUGGAUUCCGAAAUGACGGAUGAAAAGAAACCCGCUGAACCACCAGCUCCGAUCGAUCCAAAACCGCCUGCUCCGGUCGAUCAAACGCCUCCUGCUCCGAUUGAUCCAACCCCUACUGCUCCAGUCGAUCAAACCCCUUCUGCCCCGGUCGAUUCAACACCGCCUGCUCCGGUCGAUCAAACGCCUCCUGCUCCAGUCGAUCCAACCCCUCCUGCUCCAGUCGAUCAAACCCCUCCUGCCCCGAUCGAUUCUACACCGCCUGCUCCUGUUGAUCCAACCCCGACUUCUCCAGUCGAUCCAACCCCUCCUGCUCCGGUCGAUCAAACCCCUCCUGCUCCGGUUGAUCUAACCCCUCCUUCUCCGGUUGAUCUAACCCCUCCUGCUCCGGUCGAUCAAACACCGCCUGCUCCGGUUGAUCUAACCCCUCCUGCUCCGGUCGAUCAAACACCGCCUGCUCCGGUCGAUUCAACACCGCCUGCUCCGGUCGAUUCAACCCCUCCUGCUCCGGUCGAUCAAACCCCUCCUGCUCCGGUCGAUCAAACCCCUUCUGCUCCGAUUGAUCAAACUCCUCCUCCUCCGGUCGAUCAAACGCCUCCUGCUCCGGUCGAUCAAACGCCUCCUGCUCCGGUCGAUCAAACGCCUCCUGCUCCGGUCGAUCAAACACCGCCAGCUCCGGUCGAUUCAACCCCGCCUUCUCCGGUCGAUCCAACCCCUCCUGCUCCUUCUCCGGUCGAUCCAACUCCUUCUGCUCCGGUCGAUCAAACCCCUUCUGCUCCGGUCGAUCAAACCCCUCCUGCUCCGGUCGAUAAAACCCCUCCUGCUCCGGUCGAUCAAAUCCCUCCUGCUCCGGUCGAUUCAACACCGCCAGCUCCGGUCGAUUCAACCCCGCCUUCUCCAGUCUAUCCAACCCCUUCUGCUCCGGUCGAUCAAACCCCUCUUGCUCCGGUCGAUCAAACCCCUUCUGCUCCGGUCGAUCAAACCCCUCCUGAUCCGGUCGAUCAAACCCCUCCUGCUCCGGUCGAUAAAACCCCGCCUGCUCCGGUCGAUCCAACCCUGCCUCCUGAGGAGAAGGUGACUGGACAGGAAAUGCGCGACGCUCUCUACAACUUACCGUGGAGUUCGAUUUUCGCUCCCUAUCCUCAUAUUGAAUAUCAAGGAGGAACGAAUUUCAUAUAUUGUGAGAGUUCUUCCACUGAUAGCAGUAGUAGUGAAGACGAUGACAUAGCUCCAGUUGUUGACUUGGCGAACCAUCCUGAACUCCCAUUAUGUGAGACCGGGCCUUCAUCUCCGGUUCUAUCACCUACAGAAAGGGCAGAUGCAGAAAAUCUUGUUUACGCACGGUUAUGUGAGACAUGGCUUUUAUCUCCGGCUCAUUCACCUCCGGAAGGGGCUGCUCCACUCGAUCAAACCCCUCUUGCUCCGGUCGAUCAAACCCCUUCUGCUCCGGUCGAUCAAACCCGUCCUGCUCCGGUCGAUCAAACCCCUCAAGCUCCGGUCGAUAAAACCCCGCCUGCUCUGGUCGAUCCAACCCCGCCUCCCGAGGAGAAGGUGACUGCACAGGAAAUGCGCGACGCGCUCUACAACUUACCGUGGAGUUCGAUUUUCGCUCCCUAUCCUCAUAUUGAAUAUCAAGGAGGAACGAAUUUCAUAUAUUGUGAGAGUUCUUCCACUGAUAGCAGUAGUAGUGAAGACGAUGACAUAGCUCAAGUUGUUGACUUGGCGAACAAUCCUGAACUCCCACAGUUAUGUGAGACCGGGCCUUUAUCUCCGGUUCUAUCACCUACGGAAAGGGCCGAUGCAGAAAAUCUUGUUUACGCACGGUUAUGCGAGACAGGGCUUUUAUCUCCGGUUCAUUCACCUCUGGAAGGGGCCGUAGCCGAAAAUCUAUCCGAUCAUUUAUGUGAGAUCGGGUCUUCAUCUCCGGUUCUUUCACCUACAGAAGAGGCCAUUGCAGAAAAUCUACCCGAUCAUAAAUGUGAGGCCACGCCUUCAUCUCCUGUUCUUUCACCUCUGGAAGGGGCCGUAGCAAAAAAUCUAUUCGAUCAUAUAUCUGAGACCGCGCCUUCAUCUCCGGUUCUUUCACCCCCGGAAGGGGCCGUAGCAGAAAAUGUAUCCGAUCAUAUAUCUGUGACCAGGUCUUCAUCUCCGAUUCUUUCACCUCCGGAAGGGGCCGUGGCAGAAAUUCUAUCCGAUCAUAUAUCUGAGACCAGGUCUUCCUCGUCUAUUGUUUCACCUCCAGAAGGGGCCAUAGCAGAAAAUCUACCCGAUCAUAAAUGUGAGAUCGCGCCUUCAUCUCCGGUUCUUUCACCUCCAGAAGGGGCCGUAGCAGAAAAUCUAGAUCAUAUAUCUGAGACCGGAUCUUCUUCUCCUGUUCUUUUACCUCCGGAAGGGGCCGUAGCAGAAAAUCUAUCCGAUCAUAUAUCUGAGACCGGGUCUUCAUCUCCGAUUGUUUCACCUCCGGAAGGGGCCAUAGCAGAAAAUCUACCAGAUCAUAAAUGUGAGACCGCACCUUCGUCUCCGGUUCUUUCACCUCCAGAAGGGGCCGUAGCAAAAACUCUAUUCGAUCAUAAGCAGUUACCUGCUACUGGGGAAGAGAAGGAUUAUAGAAGCCGUUUCCUUUUAUCUCCGCUUUUAUCACCUUGGAUAUGGGAGUUUCCAGUUCCUUCAUCUCUGGAAGGGGACAGAGAAGAUGUUGAUACAUAUGAUCCAACUGUGUUCUAUCGUAUAGAUGAUAAGGAAGAUGUUGAUAUAUAUGAUCCAAAUGUGUUCUAUCGUCUAGGAGCCGGGCUGGUGAAUGUAGACAAUAUAUGCUUCAUGAAUUCGGUUUUGCAAUGCUUGGUGCAUACUGUGCCAUUUUUUGAGGCCAUUAUUUACCAAAAUAACCCAUUGCUGUGCGUUUGUCCCAAUGGAAAGUUCUGUAUAAAGUGCAGUCUUGAAGAGAUAUUUCGAUCACUUACUUCAGGAAGGAAAUAUUUUGUGCCUAAGACACUAGUUCGGAAUUUAAGCCACAUUUCACCUACCUUGAAAGUGGGUAGACAGGAGGAUGCUCAUGAAUUCCUUUUGAAGUUAUGGAAUAAACUAAUGGAGUGUGACAAGUAUCGCGACGAUAAGGAUAAUGAACAUAAAAUCUUUGUCAAACGACUGUUUGGUGGCCGUCUUGUCAACAAGUUCAUGUGUUUAUGUGGCAAGAUUUCUAGUAAGACAGAGGAUGUAUGGGACCUGCAAUUACCUAUCGAGAAUUCGGACACUCUCAUCGGUGCUCUGCAAGCUUAUAUAGUAACAAUAGUACCUGACUUUCGCUGUGAAAAUUGUGGGAAUGAAGGUAUCGUACAGAAAAUUGACCUGGAUCGGCUUCAACCUAUUGUCACAUUUCACCUGAAGAGGUUUGACAGACUGAACAAGAAAAUAAAAAAGCAUGUGUCAUUUCCACCUCAGUUGGACUUGAUCCCUUUCACUCCUAGAAAAGUGACUUUUCCCUUCACUAGUGUAGACAAAAUGCAUUUAUACUACGAGCUCUAUGCUAUUAUAGUGCAUGAAGGGGAAACACCAGUCGCAGGUCAUUACUACAGCUUUAUUCGCUUGAACGCCAAUGAGUGGUACAAAUACGAUGAUUCACGAAUUACAGCUGCAGAUGAAGAAGAAGUUUUCAAGCAGAUGGCCUAUAUUCUUUUCUAUCGUCCGGCCGACUCGACCAGCUUUACAGAUGCCGUUCUAGCUCUGCAAUCAUCGGAUGGAUUUAUUUCUUUUAAGCGUGCAGAGGGUGAUAAAAAUAAAAGUUCGACAGGGAUCAUAAAAAAUAUGCUUGCUUAGGAAGUGGAGGGUAGAGAGAGUGAUCCUCUGUCAAGUAGAGAUUUUGGAAAUGCAACAUAGGCUAUUGUUUGAAUAUUAACUCUUGAUUCAAUACCCAAUAUACUUAGGCAAUUCAUUGCACAAUUUGUGAGGAAAAUAAUUGUUUUGUUUUGUUUUG